AUGCCUACACCCCCCAGAGCAGGGGUGGUUGUGGCAUUAAAGGGGUCUUACAUCUUCUGCUUCAUAGAUAUCCUUAAUAGCUUCAGAGGAGUGGAAGAGGCAAAAGCUAUGAGUGACAUUGGAGAUUACAUAGGUUCCAACAUUGAAAUCUCCUGGUUGCCCAACCUGGAUGAUUUGAUGAAAGGGUAUGCACGAAAUUUCAGGCCUGGGAUUGGAGGUCCUCCUGUUAAUGUUGCUCUGGCAAUUGAAGUAGCCAGCAUUGACCACAUCUCAGAAGUGAACAUGGAAUACACCAUGACAGUAUUUUUGCACCAGAGCUGGCGAGACGAUCGUCUGUCUUACAACCACACCAACGAAACUCUGGGCUUGGACAGCAGGUUUGUGGACAAGCUCUGGUUGCCAGAUACUUUCAUAGUCAAUGCCAAGUCUGCCUGGUUCCAUGAUGUGACUGUGGAAAACAAACUUAUCAGGCUCCAGCCAGAUGGAGUCAUUUUAUACAGCAUCAGGAUUACCUCAACAGUGGCCUGUGACAUGGACCUUUCCAAGUACCCAAUGGAUGAGCAGGAAUGCAUGUUGGAUUUGGAGAGCUAUGGCUACUCUUCAGAGGACAUUGUCUACCACUGGUCAGAAAACCAGGAGGAGAUCCAUGGGCUGGAUAAGCUGCAGCUUGCUCAAUUCACAAUUACCAAUUACCAGUUCACAACAGAAAUUAUGAACUUCAAAUCUGCAGGUCAGUUUCCCAGGCUCAGUCUCCACUUCCACCUUCGGCGAAAUCGAGGAGUUUACAUCAUCCAGUCUUAUGUCCCUUCCAUCCUACUGGUGGCCAUGUCGUGGGUGUCCUUCUGGAUCAGCCAGUCAGCUGUGCCUGCCAGGGUGUCACUAGGCAUCACCACUGUUCUUACAAUGACCACUCUGAUGGUCAGUGCCCGAUCCUCGCUCCCACGAGCCUCUGCCAUCAAGGCACUGGAUGUUUACUUCUGGAUCUGCUACGUGUUUGUCUUUGCUGCACUGGUGGAAUAUGCCUUUGCACAUUUCAAUGCUGACUACAUGAAAAAGCAGAAGAACAAGAUAAAGGCGAGAAGGCAGAGUGCAGAGAUCAACGUGAAGAAUGCCAUUGUUCUGUUUUCCCUCUCCAUAGCUGGUGUGAGCCAGGAACUGGCCAUUUCCAACAGGCAGCACCGAAUUCCCAGAAGCCUGCCUGGAUCAUAUGGCACAAUAGAAAUAGAAACUGGAGAGACAAAACAGCAGCAGGGAAUGAAACUGGACAAAAAGACUGGCCUGAAGUCCCUCUUUAAGCCCAUUGAUGCUGACACCAUUGACAUUUAUGCCAGAGCCGUGUUCCCAGCAGCCUUUGCAGCAGUCAAUGUUAUAUACUGGGUUGCCUACACAAUGUAAAGGCAACAAAAAAAGGAAAAUUCUUCCCUAGACCUACAAACUGAACAAUACCCACAGGCUAAAAAGCCCUCACUGAAACUGAAUUGAAGCACCUCUUCUCGAAGUAUUUUCCAAUGAGCUCAAACACUUCCAAAGUCAAGAAGGUCCUGCUAUGAAUUCCUACUUAAAGCAGCAAUUUAUUGCUGACCUGAUUUGAUA